AUGACACAGGAAGGGAAUAAUGUAUUCGUCCCUACAGUCGUGGCUCCCGCCGCCCAAACUGCCGUAGAAAUCGAGCCUGAUAAUACCUCACCAGUUUCCGAUGACUCCACAAACGUCAAAAUACCGGGAUUACCUAAAGUGUCUGACGUUGUGUCUAAUGUUGAUAUUGCUCAAGUGACUGCUAAAGUGGAUCAGUUGAAGAAAUGGACCAUUGGAACUUUCAAGAACUCACGUCAACAACUUUUAGAACAAAUGGGGAAGAUUGAUAAGACUGUUGAUCCUGAGUUCGAACAAGAAUGCGAACAUUUGAAAGAUCUUCACAGACGUUAUGGGGCCGUGGUUGUGGCUGCUCGUCAGUUUUCCAAUGUACUUGUUCAACUCUCCGCUGCUGAAAAGGCCAUGGGAGAAAGUUUCUACCAACUUUCUCUUAAAGAAAACAUCAUUAAGACUCAAUGUUCCUCCGUUUCCGACAACAUGCGUCGUAUAGGAGAACAAGCAAAUUCAUUAGAUAGCUGCUUGAAAUAUUUUGUGUCUUCUAUGGAGACUUUGUAUUCUAAAACUAUCACAGAUACACUGGAUACAAUUUUUGGAACCGAAGCUGCGAGAAUUGAGUACGAUGUAUUCCGCCAUGAACUCGCUGGACUGCAGUCUCAAAGUACCGCCUCUCCAACAGCCAUUCAAGAGGCUCAGGAAAAAGCUGAGGCUCAUAAAGAAAAGUACGAAAGUUUGAAAACCGAUGUCAGAGUAAAGCUUCGUUUACUCGAGGAAAACCGUGUCGGGGUUCUUUCGAGCCAAAUGGAAAAAAUCCAAAAAGCCCUUGCCGCCUACUACUCUGGAAAUGCCCAGGUGCUCUCAAUUGCCGUGGAAGAACUUGCCGCCAUAUCUCAAACCCAAUAUACUUCUUUCCUCUCACAAUGA